AUGCUCCGACAGUCUCUGGCACGUUCGGCUUGGCGGGCGGGCAAGCGAACAGCCCAGGUCUCGCGCACCUUUGCGACGACGCAAUAUCGUCCAGCCGAGGUGGAGUUGACCAUUGAUGGGAAAAAGGUUUCUGUCGAAGCUGGAUCAGCCUUGAUCCAGGCUUGCGAAAAGGCUGGAGUGACAGUGCCCAGAAAACUGAUGAUUGCUGGCAACUGCCGUAUGUGCUUGGUCGAAGUCGAGAGGGCCCCGAAGCCCGUCGCCUCAUGUGCCUGGCCUGUGCAGCCCGGUAUGGUUGUCAAGACAAACUCGGCUCUCACCCACAAGGCACGCGAAGGUGUGAUGGAAUUUUUGCUGGCGAACCACCCUCUCGACUGCCCGGUCUGUGACCAAGGUGGCGAGUGUGAUCUCCAGGACCAGUCGAUGCGAUACGGUGCCGACCGCGGACGAUUCCAUGAAGUUGGCGGCAAGCGUGCCGUCGAGGACAAGAACAUUGGCCCACUGAUCAAGACGUCCAUGAACCGCUGCAUUCACUGCACGCGUUGUAUCCGUUUCGCCAACGACGUUGCCGGUGCCCCCGAGCUUGGGUCGACUGGCCGUGGCAACGACAUCCAGAUUGGAACUUACCUUGAGCAGAACCUCGACACCGAGCUCUCUGGCAACGUCAUUGAUCUCUGCCCUGUUGGCGCGCUCACCUCGAAGCCAUAUGCUUUCCGAGCCCGCCCCUGGGAGCUGAAGCACUCCGAAACCAUCGACGUUCUCGACGGUCUGGGUUCCAACAUUCGCGUGGACUCCCGAGGCCUCGAGGUUAUGCGUGUCCUGCCCCGCCUCAACGACGACGUGAACGAGGAAUGGAUCAAUGACAAGACCCGUUUCGCCUGCGAUGGCUUGAAGACCCAGCGUCUGACGAUGCCUCUGAUCCGCCGCGAGGGCAAGUUCGAGCCCGCUGAUUGGGAGGAGGCCCUGUCUCACGUUGCUCGCGCGUACGAGGCCAAGAAGCCCCAGGGUAACGAAUUUAAGGUCAUCUCUGGUGCUCUAACCGAGGUUGAGUCCCUCGUUGUGGCCAAGGACCUGGCCAACAAGCUUGGCUCCGACAACCUGGCCCUCGAUACCCCUACCGGAAGCCAGCCCCUCGCCCACGGUGUUGAUGUCCGCUCCAACUACCUCUUCAACUCUCGUAUCGCUGGUAUUGAGGAGGCCGACGCCAUUCUAUUGAUCGGCACUAACCCUCGCCACGAGGCUGCCGUGCUCAAUGCCCGCAUCCGCAAGCAGUGGCUUCGCUCUGAUCUCGAGAUUGGUGUCGUUGGCGAGACCUGGGAUUCGACCUUUGAUUUCGAGCACCUCGGCACGGACCACGCUGCUCUCAAGAAGGCUCUUGCGGGACCGUUCGGCAAGAAGCUCCAAGCCGCUAAGCGCCCAAUGAUCAUUGUGGGCUCAGGUGUCACAGACCACGCCGAUGCCAAGGCGUUCUAUGAGACUGUUGGUACCUACGUCGAGAAGAACGCCACUAACUUCAGAACUGAAGAAUGGGACGGCUACAACAUCCUGCAGCGCGAGGCUUCGCGCGCUGGGGCCUUCGAAGUGGGCUUUACCACACCUUCUGCCGCCGUCGCCGAGACGAAGCCCAAGUUCGUCUGGCUGCUCGGCGCCGACGAGUUCAACGAGGCCGACAUCCCCAAAGACGCGUUCGUGGUUUACCAGGGACACCACGGUGACCGCGGCGCCCAGAUUGCCGAUAUCGUCCUCCCUGGCGCUGCCUACACUGAGAAGGCUGGAACCUACAUCAAUACCGAGGGCCGUGUGCAGAUGACUCGUGCUGCCACCUCGCUUCCCGGAGCGUCUCGCACUGACUGGAAGAUCCUCCGUGCCGCUGGUGAGUUCAUGGGUGUCUCGCUGCCCUAUGAUGACGUGGCCGCUGUUCGCGACCGUAUGGUCGAGAUCUCUCCCGCUCUGGCCGCAUACGACGUCGUUGAGCCCGUUGCUCUGCGCGAGUUGAGCAAGGUGCAAUUGGUGGACCAGAACAAGGGAUCCAAGGCCACAGGAGAACCUCUGAAGAAGGUCAUUGACAACUUCUACUUCACAGAUGUGAUUUCAAGGAGUUCACCGACCAUGGCUCGCUGUUCAGCUGCCAAGGCCACUGGCGACCCGCGGACCAACCUGAUGGCGCCUGGAAUUGAGGAGAACAGGCCCAUGGGACAGGUUGAGUAUGGCUCGUAG